AUGACUGAGGCGUGGCAGCAGCAGCACGCAGUGGCCCCACCACCCACCGUGGUGCACAACCUCCCCCCGGGCUCCGACAGUGCCCUGGGCUGUGCCGUGUACGGGAUCGUCCUCCAGACGGAUGGGGCCUCCCUCCAGCAGCAGCAUACCGUACCCGCCCAGCAGCCCUCCCUACAGGUAGGGGGCGAGGGAGGGCACAAGUGCGGGGCCUGCGGCCACGACAUAUCACACCUGGCUAAUCCACAUGAGCACCAGUGCAUGGGGAGCGGGGAUCGGUCGUUCCAGUGUACACAGUGUAUGAAGAUCUUCAGCCAGGCCACUGAUCUGUUGGAGCAUCAGUGUGUGCAGGUGGAGCAGAAGCCGUUUGUGUGCGGCGUGUGUAAGAUGGGUUUCUCCUUGCUCACCUCGCUGGCGCAGCACCACAACGCCCACAACAACGGCAACAACCCCAUGAAGUGCUCCAUCUGUGAGAAGACCUACCGUCCGGGCUCUGGGAACAACACCCCCACCUCCUCCGCCGCCAACCCGUCCACCGGCGAAGCUUCCAGUGGCGGGGCAGCGUGCGGAGCCUCGGCCCCUACGGCGUUUGAGGCUUCGGGACCAGACAGGCCCUACAAGUGCUCAGUGUGCCACAAGGGCUUCCGGCAUCUGUCUGAGCUGUCGCGACACGAGCGGGUGCACACAGGAGAAAAGCCCUACAAGUGUGACACCUGUGAUAAGAGCUUCAGCCAGUCCUCUCACCUGGCCCAUCACCAGCGUACCCACAGCUCCGAGCGGCCCUACAAGUGUGCCGUCUGCGAAAAGUGCUUCAAGCACCGCUCGCACCUCGUGCGCCACAUGUACGCCCACUCCGGCGAGCACCUGUUCAAGUGCAAUUUGUGCGAGAUGCACUUCAAGGAGUCGUCGGAGCUCCUGCACCACCAGUGCCAGCCCACGGUGACCUCGGACAGGCCGUUCCGCUGCGGCUCGUGCGGGAAGGGCUUCAAGCGGCCUUCGGACCUGCGGCAGCACGAACGCACGCACUCCGAGGAACGCCCGUUCCAGUGCGAGGAGUGCCAGAUGAGCUUCAAGCAGCAGUAUGCCCUGGUUCGCCACCGCCGCACUCACAAGAACCCAGCCGACCGGCCUUUUAAGUGCAACCUGUGUGACAAGGGUUUCCUGCAGCCCUCCCACCUGCUGUACCACCAGCACGUCCAUGGCAUGGAGAGCCUGUUCAAGUGUGCUUCCUGCCAGAAGGGCUUCAGCCAAUCCGGUGAGCUGCUCCGGCACAAAUGCACCGGCUCAGGGUCGGCGUCUGGGUCCGUGUCCGCGGCCACGCCGGUGGUGGAGAAGCCCUACAAGUGUGACGUGUGCGGCAAGGGCUACAAGAAGAAGUCGACGCUCCAGCGCCACCAGAACUCCAGCUGCCAGGAGAAGCCGCUGAAGUGCUCCCUGUGCAACCGGCGCUUCCUGUCGCCGUCUGAGUUCGUGACACACCGUUGCGACCCAUCCCGGGAGAAGCCCCUCAAGUGUCCCGACUGCGAGAAGCGCUUCAAGUAUUCCUCGGAGCUGCAACGUCACCGCCGCGUUCACACCGGGGAGAAGCCCUACAAGUGCUCCAGCUGCGACAAGAGCUUCAAACAGCGGGAACACCUGGUCAAGCACCAGGCGGUGCACUCGCGGGAAGCCCAGUUUAAGUGCGUGUGGUGCGGGGAGCGUUUCGUGAACCUGGGGGCCCUCCAGGAGCACACGGUCCAGCACACUGCAGAGGGAGGUGGUUACCCUGUGGCCCCUUGCAUACAGUGA